UCAAAAUGCUGGAACUAAAAGUGACCCAGCCAGGCGUGAACAGCACAGGUGCGCACCAUAGAUAAAUUGCCCAAGGCUGAAUUCAAUCUUCAUAACACCAAAGUGGGCGUCAUAGGCCUAUAAAAAGGUCAUUGUAAGUGUAACCUGUUAUAAGACUAUCCAAAGGUAAAACACAAUGAAGGUAUUUGUUAGCAGCACAACGAAGAAACCCUUCAGAGAGCAGAAGAGGAAAAACAAGGCCUACUCCACCUUCAUCUACAGGAUCCGGAGAGAGGUUGGAAAUAAUGGGCCACAUUUGGCAUUACUUAAAGCUAUUUGGUGUAAAUUAAUGUCACAGGGCUCGCCAACCCUAUUCCUGGAGCGCUACCCUGCUGGUGACUGCAUCCCCACCAUGGACCGUUUAUUGGUGAACGAGUCUACCUGCCCACGGAGGGUGCUGGUCCUUCUGGUCGGCUCCGAGGCCGCCCGCCUGUCACGGCUCAACAGGAGGAAAGUCAUCACCCAACUAGAGGUCCACACUGCCAUGGCACGGCUGAGACAAGGGAGAAAACAUGCCAGGCAACCGGGCGCCUGAAUGCUCUUAUGAACGCUUUGAAUUUUAUGUAUAUUUAAUAAAGAUGUCUUGUUUUUACUCAUCGUGUUGUCAUUCCAACAAAUCAAUGCACCACUAAAUGUUUAAAACCAGUUGCGCACCUGAAGGCUGUAUAAUUGAAUGUUAAAGCGGUAUGCUCUCGCCUCUAAUGGCGGGCCAAUUACUUCGAGGGGCGGGGAAAGGCAUGGCCAUAAUUGAUGCAUUUGCUUGUCUUGUCAGGGGCGCAGAUGUGCGCCAAACUCAGUCAACCAUAGCCGAACUCCGGCGCGUGGGGAAAGCUGAAAUCAAAUGGACCCUUUUGUUCCUCGCUGUGCGUGACGCCCACUCAAAACACGCGUGUUGCUUAAGGAAGUAGAAGCGUACACCAUGUACAAGACUCUCUUUGGCGUAGACUCUACUGCGGCACAACCAAACAUCUUUAUCAACCUAACCGGUGUCCAGGAGGAACAGGCGUGUUCCUAGAUGAGCUGGGUAGUCUUGGACUUGUCGCAGGUCACUGGCAGCAGAGACCUGGAAGGAAAGGCGGCCAAAGGAGGUGUUGGCUUUGGGGAUGACCAGUGAGAUAUACGAGGCGACUGUAGUGACUGCUGGACGCCUGUAGUGACUAGCAUUAUGGGAUGUGGCACCUCCGUCACCACCGACAACAAGAGGAGGAGACUGACGACAGCUAUGAAGGCAGCCAUCCUGAUCCAGCGCUGGUACAGACGUUACAUCGCCAGGUUAGAGAUGAGACAGCGAUACACCUGGAACAUCUUCCAGUCUAUAGAGUAUGCUGGGGAGCAGGACCAACUACAGCUCUCCAGUUUCUUCAGUUUCAUGCUGGACAACUUCACUCAACUCAAUGGGAAUGGCCCAGGUUUUCCAGAAAUCCCGGUUGGAAGAUUCCAGGAAUCAGGAGGCAAUCUGAUCUCCCACCUGCUGGACCCAGUGGUUGACCCGUGGUCAGACAGAGAGAGACAGAACAUGUAUGAACAGAUCACUGUUCCUGAGUCCUACAGCGGUCCUCACCUCACCUUCCCCCUCACCGUCUCUCACACCAACGCCCUGCUCUCUGCAUUCAAAGAGCAACAGCCUCUCCACGGCAGAUACAUGCUGCAGUUGUUACACCAGACUAAGAAGCUCCUGAAACAGAUGCCAAACGUCAUUCACCUGUCCACACCCUACGCCAAGGAGAUCACAAUAUGUGGAGAUUUACAUGGCCGUCUAGAUGACUUGCUGCUCAUAUUCUACAAGAACGGCCUCCCCUCGGCAGAGACGCCGUACGUGUUCAACGGGGACUUUGUGGACCGAGGGAAGAAGUCUGUGGAGGUCAUCAUCCUGCUGUUUGCCUACCAGCUCCUCUACCCAGACCACAUGACCCUGAACAGAGGCAACCACGAGGACCACCUCAUGAACCUCCGAUAUGGAUUCACUAAAGAAGUUAUGCAGAAGUACAAGACACAUGGCAGGGACAUCCUACUGCUGGUCCAGGAUGUGUUCAGCCUCCUCCCCAUAGCAACAGUCAUCGAUAACAAGGUGCUCAUCGUCCAUGGAGGAAUAUCAGACAUGACGGACCUGGAUUUCCUCAGCUCUAUUGAGAGACACAAGGUGAGAUCUGCCCUGAGGCUUCCUAGGAGGAGUCUGAACCAUCUGGAGGUGACUAGGAGUAGUAGACAGGGCCAGCCAGAGAGCCCCCGGUGUAGGAGCAGGGGCCAGCCAGAGAGCCCCCGGUGUAGGAGCAGGGGCCAGCCAGAGAGCCCCCGGUGUAGGAGCAGGGGCCAGCCAGAGAGCCCCCGGUGUAGGAGCAGGGGCCAGCCAGAGAGCCCCCGGUGUAGGAGCAGGGGCCAGCCAGAGAGCCCCCGGUGUAGGAGCAGGGGUCAGGACCAUGGCAACACCCCCAAGAAGAGACGUCACCUCACCAGACAGGGCAGCUCCUCCUCUUCCUCCUCAUCCUCACUGUCCUCCCCCCGGGGGUCAUCCUGCCUCAUUCUGUGCCGCUGCCUUUCUCCCAGCAUGCUGAGCCCCACCAACAACCUCCAGGUGCCCUUCCUGGACUCCUUCACCGCCCUCCCCGUCCGUCAGCCACCCAGGGAGGAGUUGGAGUGGAAACAGGUAGUAGAUUUGCUGUGGAGCGACCCGAAGAGCCAGCCAGGCUGCAGUCCCAACACCUUCAGGGGAGGAGGCAGUUACUUCGGGCCAGACGUGACCAGACGCCUGCUGGAGAGACACGGCAUGACUCUGCUGAUCAGAUCACAUGAGUGUAAACAGGAGGGCUACGAACUCUGCCACGACGGACAGGUGAUCACCAUUUUCUCUGCGUCUAACUACUAUGAGGAGGGUAGUAACCGUGGAGCUUACAUUAAACUGGGCAGAGAGCUGGUCCCUCGCUUCUUCCAGUACCAGGUCAGCAGGAAUACCAGGAAACUCACCCUGACUCAGAGGGUGAAUGUGGCAGAGGGUUCGGCUGUAAGGGCUGUACAGGAGAAGCUGUUUUCCCACCGCUCAGAACUCAUGGCUGCCUUUCAGCAGUAUGACACAAGUAACAGUGGCUGUAUCUCUGUCAGUGAGUGGGCCCUGGUGGUGGAGUCAGUCGUGAGACUGGACCUGCCCUGGAGGACUCUGCGCCCGCGCCUGGCACGGCUGGCUCCAGAUGGCAGCAUCGACUACCAGUCCUGCUUCGAGGACAUGGGCCCGGGACAACCCAUACCCCAGGUCACUCCAAACUUGGCUGAAACUCUUUACAGGUAUCGAACAGACCUUGAGAUUAUCUUCAACAUCAUGGACAAAGACCACUCUGGUCAGAUAUCCAUCGAGGAGUUCCGUCAGACCUGGCAUCUGUUUAGUGCUCACCUAGGUGUGGAAGUGGAUGACCGGGCCAUAGAUGAACUGGCUAAGAGUAUAGACUUCAACAAGGAUGGUAGUAUCGACUUCAACGAGUUCCUAGAGGCCUUCAGGGUGGUGCACAAACUGGAUGUUAAGGACCAACAGCAGGGCUACCCGGGCAAUGACUUGGCUUUAGCUCAGUGAGCCAACACUGGCAGCAGGGCUGAGAGAACUACAAAGACCAGCAGCUAGGUUGAUAGAACUACAAAGACCAGUGACUAGGCUGAGAGAACUACAAAGACCAGCAGCUAGGCUGAGAGAACUACCAAGACCAGCAGCUAGGCUGAGAGAAUUACAAAGACCAGCGGCUAGGCUGAGAGAACUACCAAGACCAGCAGCUAGGCUGAGAGAACUACCAAGACCAGCAGCUAGGCUGAGAGAACUACCAAGACCAGCAGCUAGGCUGAGAGAACUACCAAGAUCAGCAGCUAGGCUGAGAGAACUACAAAGACCAGUGGCUACAAAGACAAGCUGCUAGGCUGAGAGAACUACAAAGACCAGCAGCUAGGUUGAGAGAACUACAAAGACCAGCGGCUACAAAGACCAGUGGCUAGGCUGAGAGAACUACAAAGACCAGCUGCUAUGCUGAGAACUACAAAAAAACAGCCACUAUGCUGAGCGAGAACUACAAAGACCAGCAGCAGGCUUGAGGGGAGCCAUGCUCGCCUUGGCUUUAGCUCUGCAGGCUUAAACAGUCUUGUGGUCAACCAUACACUCAGUGUAGCACAUGCAGUUGCAUGAGUCAGGAAUAUAUCUAGGAGAUGUGGUCACCCUUCUCCCUGUGGUGUAGAACAUGUCUCAGAGGAGAACACACUACUCUCACCAGCUACUGAUAUGGAGGCGGACCAACACAUGUGAGGUUUCUACAGACAACGCAGACAAGAGCUCCCCGCGGCAUGUCCUAGCUCUGCUCUGCAGACCAACAGCACUUUGCCCCAUCUUUUCUAGGUCUGAGACAGGGCUGUAAACUCUGAGACCAGACUGCUACAUCCUCUCUUCAGGGUCAAAGGUCCAAUGCAGAUGUUUUAAUUUUAAAAAAUCUCAAUAUUAAAUCAUGUCUGGGUAAGUACCUUACUGCGAUUGUUUUUCAUUAAAAUGGUCAAAAAGAAACUAAAAUAGCUUAUUUUUAGCAAAGAGCUAUUUCUCAAGCAAGAAUUUAGCUAUGACAGUCUGGGAGUGGUCUGGAAAACUGAAAAUGAUCUGUUAUUGGCAGAGAGGUUUCGACGUCUUUCUUAUUGGUCUAUUAACUCAUUUACUUCCUGGUGAGGUCACCAGGCAGGUCAAAACCAUCCCACCAGAACAGGCUGAAAUGUAUUUUUAAACAACUCUUACACUUAAAAGGUCAUUUAUCGUAAAUUUGACAGUAUUAUUCCAACCUCAUAAAAGGCAGCGUGUAAAGUAAAUGAUCUGUUAUUGGAAGAGAGGUUUCGACGUCUUUCUUAUUGGUCUAUUAACUCAUUUACUUCCUGGUGUAAAGUGUUGGUCCCAUGUUUCAUGAAGCUGAAAUAAACAAUCCCACAAAUGUU